UAGCAAGAGGCAACUUCAGACAGUACAAGGCGCCAAGAAUGUGACAACUACAAGCAAGAAUACCGGUGAGCAGUCCACAACUAUAAAAACAUCUAGUAGCAGCGUUUUGUCUGCGGCUGGAUCAGCACACAAUAGCACUGCGAGUCCAAGUAAAGACGAAGCAUCCACCAUACAACUCUGUGGAGCAAAAAGCGGGCCGCAAGCGGAAUCUACAAGCAGUGGGAACAGACAGAAUCACGA